CCUCUCGCAACAUUCAUAACAGCUGCCCCCAAUUUCACUUUCACCUUCUCCUUCUCUUCUUCUUUCUUGGCUGCAUCGCCAUGUUGCUGUACCAUGCACUCAACAUCACCUGAACCUCACCUCUGAUCCUCACCUUUACUGGGAAAGAGAACGAAACAGCCACCCACGAAACAAUGGCUGCCCAAACAAGACCUGUUUUUUCUGUUUCUUUCGUUGUAUCUCAGUUUGUGUUCAUUUUAUCGGCUCUGUCUCUUGUUCAUUGCACUACUGAUGCUAAUGAUGUUCAAGCUCUUCAGGUUAUGUACACUUCACUAAACAGUUCAUCGCAGCUUACUAAUUGGAAAAACAAUGGAGGUGAUCCAUGUACAGAGUCAUGGAAAGGAGUAUCUUGUGAGGGAUCAGCUGUUGUGUCCAUUGAUAUUUCUAGGUUAGGACUCAGUGGAACAUUGGGAUACUUGCUUUCAGACCUUAUGUCAUUGAGAAAAUUCGAUUUGAGUGGCAACAACAUUCACGAUACAGUCCCAUAUCAGUUACCACCAAAUCUUACAAGCCUAAAUCUUGCAAGCAAUAACUUUACUGGGAAUCUUCCUUAUUCCAUUUCUACCAUGGUUAAGCUCACUUAUCUGAAUGUAAGUCGAAAUUCACUCGCUCAGUCAGUUGGAGAUGUUUUUGGUAAUCUUGCUGCCCUCUCAACCUUGGACAUCUCUUCCAACAACUUUUCUGGAGAUCUUCCUAAUUCACUUAGUUUGUUAUCCAAUAUUUCCGAACUCUAUAUGCAGAAUAAUCAAUUGACUGGAACUCUUAAUGUUCUUUCGGGAUUGCCUUUGACUACUCUAAAUGUUGCGAACAACCAUUUUAGUGGCUGGAUACCUGGAGAGCUUAGUUCAAUAAAAAAUUUUAUAUAUGAUGGCAAUUCUUUUGACAAUGGUCCUGCUCCACCACCACCUCCAUACACUGCACCACCAGCUGGUAGAUCUGGUAAUAAUCAGACUCGUUCUGGAUCAGGUUCACGUUCACCUCCCGAUAGCCAAUCAUCUGAUUCAGAUGAAGGAUUGUCAGUUGGAUCUAUUGUAGGCAUAAUUCUGGGUGCUGUUGUUCUGGCUGCCCUUGUGCUACUUUCUCUUUGUUAUUGUGUUCGAAAGAAUAAAAGGAAGGUAAGUGGUACAAGAACUUCUGCAGGAAGUCUCCCUAUCGGCAUUACUAAUGUAAAUGCUGAGAUGCAAGAGCCGAGAGUGAAAAGUGCAGCUGCUGUUACUGAUCUGACACCCCCACCUGCAGAAAAAUUGGUGGUUGAGAGUGUGUCAAAAAAUGGAUCCUUAAAGAAAAUGAAGUCGCCUAUCACUGCUACUGCAUAUACCGUCGCUUCUCUCCAAACAGCUACAAAUAGUUUCAGUCAAGAAUUUCUUAUUGGUGAAGGUUCCCUCGGUCGUGUUUACAGAGCAGAGUUUCCCACUGGAAAGAUAAUGGCUGUUAAGAAGAUCGACAAUGCGGCACUGUCGUUACAGGAGGAAGAUUAUUUUCUUGAUGCUGUUUCUAAUAUGUCACGCUUGAGGCACCCAAACAUUGUUACAUUGGCUGGAUAUUGUGCUGAGCAUGGUCAGCGUCUUCUUGUGUAUGAGUUCGUAGGAAAUGGUAGUCUGCAUGAUAUGCUGCACUUUGCUGAUGAUAGCAGCAAAAACCUGACUUGGAAUGCACGUGUUAGGGUAGCGCUAGGAACUGCUCGGGCUCUAGAGUAUUUGCAUGAAGUGUGCUUGCCUUCUGUUGUACAUAGAAAUUUUAAGUCGGCAAACAUUCUACUUGAUGAAGAACUCAAUCCCCACUUGUCAGAUUGUGGUUUAGCUGCUCUAACACCAAACACUGAGCGGCAGGUUGCCACUCAGAUGGUUGGUGCAUUUGGAUAUAGCGCCCCUGAAUUUGCCUUGUCAGGAAUAUAUACUGUAAAAAGUGACGUGUACAGCUUUGGGGUGGUUAUGUUGGAGCUGUUGACUGGUCGGAAGCCACUUGACAGUUCAAGGCCAAGAUCAGAGCAAUCACUUGUGAGAUGGGCCACUCCCCAACUACAUGAUAUAGAUGCAUUGGCAAAAAUGGUUGAUCCUGCCUUGAAUGGCAUGUAUCCAGCAAAGUCUCUGUCACGCUUUGCAGACAUUAUUGCUCUCUGCGUUCAGCCAGAACCUGAGUUUAGGCCUCCAAUGUCCGAGGUCGUGCAAGCACUGGUGCGUCUAGUCCAAAGGGCCAGUGUUGUCAAAAGGCGUUCCAGCGACGAAUCAGGAUUCUCCUACAAAACCCCAGAGCAUGAAGCUAUCGACAUGUCAUUCUAAACAUACCAACUUCAUUGAACUUGAAAAUGGAAGCUUCCAAAUUUUGUAUACAACCAUGCCGAGCUCUGGAGACACUGAAGAGCAUACAACUUCAGAGGGAAAGAAAAAAAAAAAAAAAAA